AUAUUCAAAAUUUCUAGGUUAUCUUUCUGAUGUUAUUUUAUAUAUUUUUUCUUAAAAUUGAAAAAAGUAACAAAUUUCAUGUUAACUCGUGUUAUUGCUAGAAGUUUAUCUACAAGUAUGACUACAAAACUUUAUCAAAAUGCUGAAAUAGCGGAGAAACGGGUUGUAGAGUUAAGACAUAAGCUAGAAGAAAUAAAGAAAGUUAAAAUAGAAGAAAAAAUUAGAGAACUAACCAAUGAAAACAAAAUACUUCUCGCUAAAGUAGAAAAAGCAAAAGCUGAUUUAAUUAAGCAAGAAGUGUUGAAUGGCAAAAAGCAAUAUCCCUUGCCUAGCAAGAGUAGUUCAAAUGUACCUAUUCAAACCACCAAUACACCUAUAGAAGUUCCUACAGAACAAGCACCAAAAAAAGCUAAAAAAGAAAAGGAACCAGCUAAGAAAAAUAAGGAACCUGCGGCAGCUGUUGAUUCAGUUGUGGAUGUCAGGAAAUUAGAUCUCCGAAUUGGUAAAAUCAUAGAAAUUAAUAAACAUCCAGAUGCAGAUUCCCUGUAUGUUGAGAAAAUUGAUUGCGGUGAAGAAAACCCUAGAACUGUUGUGUCUGGACUUGUAAAUCAUGUGCCAAUUGAUGAAAUGAGAGACAGAAUUGUCAUGGUACUUUGUAACUUGAAACCAGUUAAGAUGCGAGGUGUCACAUCCGAGGCAAUGGUUAUGUGUGCAUCCUCACCUGAGAAGGUAGAAGUUCUGAUCCCACCACAGGGAGCAGCUCCCGGUGACCUUGUCUCAUGUGAAGGAUACCCACGAGAGCCAGAACCACAGCUCAACCCUAAAAAGAAAAUUUUCGAAACCUGUGCCCCUGACCUGAAAACAAACGAUGAUCGGGUUGCAUGUUACAAGGACAGCCCGCUCGUAGUUCUAGGCAAAGGACCCAUCAUUGCACCAACACUUAAAUGUGUACAUGUAAAAUAAGUAAAUAUAUUUAUGCUAGAGAAAUUUGGAGCUUUGUAUUGAUCACCAAUUCUAAUCAUUUUAAUAGUUAUGAAAUUAUUUAUAAUGAAAAUAAAACAACAAGUAAAGCAAUGUCAACAAUAUAUUAUAUUUGUAAUUACUUAUAAUCUCUACAUUUAACAAUUUACUAUUAGUAAGUUGUCACCUAAUUCAAAGUUAGAAAAAUAGAUAGAUGUGAUAAAGUAACUUUAAACAUCAACAUUUACGAGUAACUUGGCUUUUAGCAUACACUGUAAAUAUUGUAUACACAGGAAACUGUAUUAAAAAUAUCUGUGUUUAACACUUACAA